AAAAUAUUGAGAUAAGAUGAGAAUUUGAUAAUUUCAUUAAUAUAAUACGUAAUUCCGUUUUAGUAGGCACAAUAAGAGUUAGACCAUGGCUGUGUACAUCGGAUUAUUGAGUUUGUUCCUCGCUGCGGUUGCAGCUUUCCCCAGCGACCCAGUUCUCAUAAAGCUGGAUGAUGGUCUACGCUACCAACACGUCCAGGGUCCGGAUGGCAAGCUCCACCUCUCCGACUCCUGGAUGAAGGCCAGCGAUCUGGAGGAAGUAGCCAGAUUCAACCCUGACAGGCAGAAUGUGUACCAUCUGUUUACUAGGGAAAACCCCUCAGUAAGUCAGCCUCUCCUGACCGGAGUUGAAGGUCUCCUGGGCCUCACCAACUACAACCCGAGACGCAGGACUGUAGUCCUUGUUCACGGGUGGCUUGACAAUGCUGCCUCAGACUUCAACACUGUGUUGGUUCCUGCCUUCCUCGCCGCGGAAGACCUGAACGUGAUUGUAGUAGACUGGAGCGCCGGCGCUGGAUCCAUCAAUUACUUCACCGCAUUGGCUAACACAGUGCCUGCUGGACUCAGUGUUGCCCGCUUCAUUGCCUGGCUGAACCGGGCCACGUCAGCUGUCCCAUCUAUGUACCAUUUAGUGGGCCACAGCUUGGGCGGGCACAUGGUUGGAAUCAUCGGCAGGAACCUUGGUGGAGAAGUGGCGUACAUCACUGCUCUGGACCCGGCAGGUCCAGGAUGGAUCAACAAUAAUGACAGAUUCCGGCCUAACGACGGUGCCUAUACUGAAGUCAUACACACGAAUGCUGGUGUCCUGGGCUUCCUCGCUACUCUGGGUCAUGCCGACUUCUACCCUAACGGUGGUUUGGGAAUGCCUGGCUGCGACUCUCAGGAGUGUGAUCAUUUGAGAGGUAUCUUCUACUUGGCCGAGUCACUGACCUCCGGAGGUUUUAAUGGACGUCGCUGUGCCUCUUACCUCACCGCUAUGACCGGCAACUGCUUCCUCUGGGGCAAUUUGAGGAUGGGAGGACUCGUGCCCAAGACUGGAUCUUCUGGAAUAUUCUACUUGGAAACCAACGCAUCUCCGCCAUUCUCUAGGAAUUAAAGAAGUCAGAAGAGUAUGU